AUGUUGAAGGUGAAAACUCCCAAGACUCAUAAAGCUAAGCGAGAGCUUGAGAAGCGUGCACCAAAGCUGGUUAGCAAUACUAUUUAUUCUAUCUUCCAUCUUUUUCGUUUUUCAGUUUAUAGAAACUGUCAUCAUUUUUUUCCUCUUAUAUUGCAAUGUAAUGUAUUGCCCUGUAUUUCGAUAGGUUGAGAAUCCAAAGAAGACUCUAAUUCUUCAGGGAACACGGUCUAGUGCUGUACUGAACGCCGUGCUUACUCAAAUUUAUCAUCUUAAAAGGGACAAUGCUGUGAGAUUUACGAAGAAGAAUGACAGAGUCAGGCCCUUUGAGAGUGCCGGUGAAGCAUCUCUGGAGUUUCUCUCUCUCAAAACUGAUUGUAGCCUCUUUGUGGUAAGUGGGAAAUUUUAGCCUGUGCACGAAAUCUGUCUAAGGGCUCUUAAACAUGAACCCUACAUUCACCUCUGGUAGUCUUAUACUCGUGAUAUAAUGUUUUCCAUUUUUAAAUGGCUUUUACGUACACAAUCUAUACAAAGUAAGCCUUAUUUUCUAUGCCAAUUCCACAAAAGAUAAUCCUUGUUCAGCUGUUGAGUCUUGUGAGCCACAAUAUCCGAGUAUAAUUAGUGUUGAUCUUAUGCUUUUAUCUGUGCUCUGCAAGCUUCUGAAAUAAACAUACAAAACUUGGAAUAGCUUGGAUUUCGAGUGAAAGCAGAUUUCUGGCUGUGGAUUGGAAAACGAAUUGUUGGACAUAGUUUAGGAUAUCAUUUCAUUUGUGUGUUGCGCACAUUUCCAGUGUAAGGAAUGCUUUUUUUCACUUUCAAAACUCAGAAUUCAAUCAAGAUGAUAAUAAUAAAAUACAUGAGAAUGUGCCUUCCUAUUAAAUGUUAAGAGUCCUUUAUCAGUUAGUUUCGAUUGAAGACUGUCUUAUCACAUUACUCUUAAAAUUUUGAGCAUUGAGUUUUGAGAAAUUUGAGUUCCUUUUGGUCAAGGUUAUUAUGAUUGUGGUACAUUUUUCUAUGAAUCCUGUCCUUGUUGUCUGCUUGUCGUUGUGGCCCAUUUAUCAAUAAAAGUUUCUCUCUACAUGACAAUACAUCUUGUAGAUCAUUAUUUGCGAUUUUUUUGAAGAUCUAGGUGGGCUGUUGGUUGUCUCACGUUUUCAGAAAUAACAGUCAAUGCUUAACUGAAACUCAUUUGAGGGCUAGAAUUGGGUAGAAAAUCAUCUCAUCCUAGCAAGAUCCGUUGAUUUUCUGCCACAAUUUUAUGAUCAACCAGGUUUUGGCAGGGGCAGUGCUAUUGGGUGAAGAUUUUGGAAUAGUACUCCAUAACCCACCUGCAGAGGAUGAAUCACGAAGAAGGGGGGGGCAAGUGUUGGAAUGUUUAAUAAAUGUUGGGCUUUUAUGUGAGAAAGUUACAUUUUUUAUCUUUUUGCACGAUUUUUUGGUGAAACUGCCUAUUUUUAUGUUGUCCAAUUUGGCAUUUUCCAUAGGUCAUCCAAUUAUCUUAUCCAAACCUAUUGUGUUGGAUUGGACCUGGCCCGGUCAAUUUGGUUGGUCAAUUGUAUUUAUGACUCCAUGCCUCCCUUUGUGGUGUGUUCUUCUUUCCAUGUGCAUCAACCCACUUCAUUUGAUGGGCAUCUCCUUUCAGGACUCCAGCUGUUAUUUUUGAUCCACUUCUUUUUGAGAUCCAUUCUGGCUAUUUUUUUCUCUUCUUUAAUUGGAAUACUGGCUAUUGAUGGGAAAUGGGAAUGUCGUCUCCGGCCUAAUUUAGAUCACCAAAUUAUUGUCAUUAUCUGGGGAACCUUUUUUGAUCCUGUGGAGCUCUUUCACUCCAUAUUCAGACUCGACUUCGAACACUUCGAAACUUUGUAUGGAGUAUGUGUGAUAUACUCAAGUAACCUUGGGAUUUGAUGGUGGUGAUAGAUCAAUGGCAUGCGUAUCAGGAAGAAAUUGGGACAAAACUAAGAUGUUAGAGAACUAGUAAAAGUGACGUGUCUAUUGGUUUGAAUAUAAACUUUUGACGAUUAUUCAUACUUAGGAACUUAUAUUUGAGAUUGGUGGGACCGUGGAUCUCCAGGUAAUGUAUCCAUGUACUGUUGUAAUGAUGACGCAAGUGAGAAACUUUGUAAGUGGAAUGAGAAAAAAUAGGCGGAUGUAUCUUCUUUCGGUUUCAAGUAUGCAUCUGAAGCCCCUUGAAGACUUCUCUGUGCUUUUGAAGAAAACCCUCUUGUUUAUGCAAUUGGUUACCAUAGACUAUAACACGCAUGCAUUUUCAUCUGUUUUUUUUGUUACUUGUUGCUUUGAGUUUUGCCAUUAUAGUGUGACAUGUAUACUUCCGUGCAUUGUCAGGGGAUAUAGUCGUUGAGCUUUCAUACUCAAGAACGAUAGAAGCCAUUUUUGUACUUCAUGAUUUUUCUUCUUUCGGUGCUAUAUCACAAGGGGAGUUCCUGUUGGCUAUAAAAUUAAUGUAUGCGUGGGGACCGGCGAAAAAAGAACGCAAUUCUUUGGACUUAUAGUGCAUGUACUUUGGUAGUUAUUGAUGCAUCUUUUAUACCUAUCAUGAAGCUCUGCUUAUCCUUAUAUAUUUCCAGUGUUUGACUAUCUGAAGUAAAGCAGGUGGGUAUUGAUACCCUCUGAAUGCUGGAAACCUUCAACAAGUAAUCUUUAUUUUCCUAAAUAUCUAACCCUUGACAUGCCUAAAAGAAAUCUCAAUGCGUUAAGUGACUAUGCCCAGUAGAUUUUUCAUGAGUUACACCAAAAUGAAAAAAAUACAGAAGCAGGGGAUCGAAAAUUGGGUGGGAAUCUUUCUAAGAGACUAGAUAAUGCAGAAAAACACAUCUAAGACUCUUUUUCGGUUCAUGUGGUGUGGGCUAGUGAAUUUCACAGUGAGGAAGGUUUUAAAUCUAGUCUAAAGGUGGAUCCCCUUGUGCUAGGUGUGUGUUGCUGAAACUCUACAGGUGGAAGGAACAUCUGUUUUCCAUGAAUCAUGCUCAAUUCUUUUCUAGACAUUCGGAUGCUAUAUCUCCAAAUGGAGAGUUUCCAGCGCUCUUACCUUACCUUUAUAAGUAAAUAUUUGAUUCUCAUUUUCCAGAUGUUUUAAGUUUCUGGUUUAUAUUCUCAUUGGGAUGCUACAUUCUCAUUAAUGAGAUGGCGGUUUCCUUGGGUUGCAGUUUGGUUCCCAUUCUAAAAAACGUCCGAACAAUCUAGUUCUGGGAAGAAUGUUUGAUCAUCACGUUUAUGAUCUUGUGGAAGUGGGCGUGGAAAACUUUAAGACCUUGGAAUCUUUCUCUUAUGACAAGAAAAUAGCUCCACGUAUGGGUUCCAAACCAUUCUUUGCUUUUAUUGGCGAAGGCUUUGAGAGCUCAGAAGAACUGAAACAUUUGAAGGAAGUCUUGCUCGACCUCUUCAGGGGAGAGGUAAACAAAUUAUCGAGUCUCUAUCAGGAGCAUAAGUGUUUUCCAACGCCCAUUGAUUGUUUUUAUGCAUUUGACCGUGCAGGUGGUGGACAACUUGAAUCUUGCAGGAGUUGACCGUGCCUUUGUGUGUACCGCUAUCUCUGCAAACACCGUUCUCUUCACGCAUUGUGCCAUCCGGCUGAAAAGGUCGGGGACUACUAUUCCCAGGAUCGAGUUGGUGGAGGUCGGACCCUCCAUGGAUCUUGUGGUCCGGCGGCACCGCCUCCCCAAUCCAAGCUUGCAGAAAGAAGCCAUGAAAGGUGCCCGUGAACCACAUAAGAAGGUUGGGCUCUUGACUCUUCAUCCUUUCUUUGCGCCUCAAAGUUCCCAUUUAUAAUAUUGAAUUCCGUUUCUCACUGCAUAUCUUCUCGGUUGACUGAUGUUUAUAUCUGUUUCAUGCUGUUUUUGGUAUAUCCAUCUGAUUGUGCUCGACAUUUCCCAUUCUUCGCAGCCUAAAAAUGUGGUCCGAGACAUCGUGCAUGGGAAGCUUGGGAAGAUUUACGUUCCAGACCAGAAGGUCAGCGCCGCCACGCUCUUUGUUCUUCCCUGGGCUCUUGGGCCUUCUCUCUUUGCCUUGAGAACAGGUGCUCAUGGUGCGGGUGCCUUCAGGUUGGAAAUCUGGCUUUGUCCAAUGACGUCAAAGGGCUGAAGAGGGAGAGGCGUGAGGCCAAGGCCAAGGCCAAGGGCGCCUCCACAGACCACCCGCCAAAGAAGCAGAAGGCCUCCCCCGAACCUUGA